AUGGGAGGUGUCGUUCCCACUGAAGUACGAGGACGAAAAGCCAACAUCCAGGGCUAUAACCGGGUCGGGAGUUGGCUAAAACUCGACGUUGAUGAUGAUGAUGAUGAUGAUGACGACUCGGAUGAUGAUGAUGAUGGUGACUCGGAUGAUGAUGAUGACUCGGAUGAUGAUGAUGAUGAUGACUCGGAUGUUGAUGAUGAUGAUGAUGAUGAUGACUCGGAUGAUGAUGAUGAUGAUGACCCGGAUGAUGAUGAUGACUCGGAUGAUGAUGACGAUGAUGAUGAUCGGACCACCAUUCAAAACAAAACGAACAAUUGA